AUGUUUUUAGAAAAGUAUACGCGUGUUCCUCUUACAUUUGGUCCCUCACCAAUCACUCACAUGAAAAACCUUUCCAAGGAACUGGGAGGCGACGUUGAGAUCUAUGCCAAACGAGAAGAUUGUAACAGUGGUCUAGCUUUCGGGGGCAACAAGAUCCGCAAGCUAGAAUAUCUUGUUCCGGAGGCUAUCGAAGGCGGGUACGACACUCUUGUUUCUAUAGGUGGUAUCCAAUCCAAUCAAACCAGACAAGUUGCUGCUGUAGCUGCCCAUUUGGGGAUGAAAUGUAUGCUCGUGCAGGAGAAUUGGGUUGACUACAAGGCAGAAAUUUACGACAAAGUGGGAAAUAUCGAGCUAUCGCGCAUUAUGGGAGCAGAUGUGAGACUCAACCCAGCGGGAUUCGACAUCGGAAUCAGAAAAAGUUGGAAGGAAGCUAUGGAAGAAGUCAAAGCUAAAGGUGGAAAACCGUUCCCCAUCCCUGCUGGUUGCUCUGAGCAUCCUUACGGAGGCUUGGGAUUUGUGAACUUUGCCAACGAAGUUGUUGAACAGGAGAAGGCUUUUGGAUUCGAAUUUGACUACAUUGUGGUUUGUGCAGUCACAGGCAGUACCAUGGCAGGAAUGACUGUGGGAUUUGGCUUUCAUGGUCGCCAAAGGAAAGUGAUCGGAAUUGAUGCGUCGGCUAAGCCAGAGCAGACAAAGGAGCAGAUUUUCAGGAUUGCAAAAAACACGGCAAAGCUUGUGGAUCUUCCAUUUGAAAUUACUGAAGAUGAUAUCAUCCUCGAUGAAAGGUUUGGCGGUCCCUCUUAUGGUGUACCCAAUGAAGGCACAAUGGCUGCGAUAAGGCUUUGUGGGCGGUCUGAAGGUGUGCUUAUUGAUCCGGUGUACGAAGGAAAGUCCAUGGCGGGCCUCAUUGGUCUCAUCAAGGAACAAAAAAUUCCCAAAGGUUCAAAAGUUCUAUACGUCCAUUUGGGAGGUGCUCCCGCUUUGAACGCAUACGCGGAUCUCUUCAAAGAAGGUUAA